AUGACGAUGGAGCUUUGGUUCCUACUUUCGACCGUCGGGGUCCUGCUGGUGUAUCGGGUGUACGCGUACCUCACGAGGAACAACCGGUACUUCGAUGGCAAACCGAUUCCGCACCUAGCACCCGAGCCACUGUUUGGCAACGUGCGCCAGUUGCUGCUCAAGCAAGUGUCCUCGACCGAAUUCAUACGCUCCAUCUACGACCGGUUCCCACAGGAGAAAGUGUUCGGGAUGUUCGACUUCCGGACGCCGGUGUUUGUGGUGCGCGAUCCGGAGCUAAUCAAGCGGAUCGCCAUCAAGGACUUUGACCAUUUCGUGAACCACCGGCCCAUGUUCGGGCGCAACACGGACCCCGACUCGGACGCCUUGUUUGCGAAAACACUGUUCGCGCUCACCGACGGCCAGUGGCGCCAGAUGCGGGCCACGCUCAGUCCGGCCUUCACCGGGACCAAGAUGCGCCAGAUGUUCGACCUCAUCACCGAAUGCAGCGUGCAGAUGGUGCAGCACUUUCGGCAGCAAUCCAGCGAUGCCGGCCGGGUGUAUGAGAUGAAGGAAGUGUUUGCGCGCUUUGCCAACGACGUCAUAGCGACGUGUGCGUUUGGGCUGAAGGUGGACUCGUUCCGCGACGCCAGCAAUGCAUUCUUCGCCAACGGCAAACAGUUGGUCAACUUCAACCGCAUCGGAGUGAUCGUGAAGGCGAUCGGCUACAGCAUGGUCCCCUGGCUGAUGGAACGACUGGAGGUGGAUCUGUUCGACCGCCAGCAAACCCGGUUCUUCGGGAGCAUCAUCCAGGAAACGGUACGUCGUCGGAAGGCGGAUGGGAUCGUGCGACCGGAUAUGGUUCACCUGCUGAUGCGCGCCCAACAGGGAACGCUGAAGCACGGCGAGCAGCAGGAAGAAGACCGAAGCGAUGAGGGGUUCGCCACAGUGCAGGAGUCAGAAGUGGGCCGCACGGACAUCGGCGACCGCCGACCGAUCAGCGACAUGGAGCUGGUGGCCCAGUGUUUAAUCUUCUUCCUGGCCGGAUUCGAUGGAGUCUCCGCCAGCCUGGCGUUUCUUUCGUACGAGCUAGCUCUGAACCCGGGCGUGCAGGAGAAGCUUCACGCCGAAGCCCUAGCUACCCGCCAGUCUCUCAACGGUAAGCCGCUCACCUACGAUGUCCUGCAGCGCAUGAAAUACAUGGACAUGGUGGUGUCGGAGUCGCUUCGCAAGUGGUCGUCGGCCCCGUUUGUCGAUCGACUUUGCACGCGGGACUACGUGUUGUCCAUCGGCGACGACGGUACCGAGUUCACCAUCGACAAGGGGACGGUCGUGUUCAUUCCAAUCAGUGGCAUCCACCACGACCCGCGCUACUAUCCCGAUCCGGACCGGUUCGAUCCGGAGCGUUUCGGGGAAACGGCUAGGGACAACAUUAUACCCGGCACCUAUCUGCCAUUCGGGAUUGGGCCACGUAACUGUAUCGGCUCGCGGUUCGCGCUGAUGGAGGUAAAGGCCAUCAUCUACCAUCUGCUGUUGGAGUUUUCGUUCGAACGAUGCGCCGAAACACAGGUUCCACCACCGUUGGCCAAGGGAUUCAUGGGGCUUGGACUGGAAAAGGGUAUUCAGAUCGAGUUUAGACCAAGAAGUCUGCUGUCUGGUUGA